CGUUUGGAUUGAAGUGACUUCGCUCGAGGACUCAUACGCGCACUUUGAUCGAAAGCGGAGACGGUGGAAAAGCCCUCGUCCUCUCCCGCCCCCAAAAUCCUCCAUUUCCACUGCGCUUCCUCCCAGAUCCGAUCCCUUCUUCGCCUUCUGCUCCAUCUCCGAUCGCUUCUCUGAUCCGAUCCUUGCAAGGAAUGGCAGAGGAAGCCGUCGGUGACGAGCCGAAGCAGAAUCCGAAGCCGGAGCCGGAGAAGAAAGAGAAGCGGAGAGGUUUCCUUUCCCGAUUGUGGAGAGGUGUGUUUGGAGGCCGGAGUGAGGACUAUGAGAAGAAGUUGCAGUACCUCUCUAAGGAGGAGGCGUCGGUGCAUGCCAGGAUGAAGCGGAGGGCUCGGACUUCGAAGAAGAUGGCCCGGGAUGUCAUCGUUCUCUCUUUCCUCCUUGAGAUUGCAGCUGUGGGAUACUCUAUCAUAGCGACAAGGGGAGUGGAUUUGACCUGGCAGAUGAGGGCAGUUCGAGUUUUGCCCAUUUUCGUGGUACCUGCCCUGGCUUUUGCUAUGUAUACAGCAAUUGUAAACCUCACAAGGAUACUUGAUCAGAAGGACGAAAAAACACUUGAAAGGCUUCGUGCUGAAAGAAAAGCAAAGAUAGAUGAGCUCAAAGAGAGAACAAACUAUUACUCAACGCAGCAGCUUAUCCAGAGAUAUGACCUUGAUCCAGCAGCAAAAGCUGCUGCAGCUACUGUUUUGGCAUCUAAAUUGGGUGCAGAUUCUGGUUUGAAAAUGUUUCUUGGAGAUGAAAAGAACCCUAAUGCACCAUUCGGAAAAAGCAGUGAUGUUGAGCCAGUCCAGUCUACGGGGCUUCGGAACAGGAGACCAUCUCACAUCAGAAGCCAUAGCACUGGAAGCACUGGAAGCACCGGAAUCCUACAAUUUACUGAAGAAGCAACCAAUGAAUUGGAGGCUGAAAACGAAGAAGCUGCUUUUCAGAACAAGAUGGUUGAACACUACAGAGGCCCUCCUCCUACUGACGGGAGUAUUCUAUCUCGCUUGGUUGCUUUUCUGGUUGGCGAAGAUCCUGCACAAUCCUAUGCGCUCAUAUGCGGCAACUGUCGCAUGCAUAAUGGACUGGCCCGGAAAGAGGAUUUUCCAUACAUAACAUACUAUUGCCCGCACUGCCACUCACUGAAUGGACCACGCCAACCGGACACCCAUGAAUCAGGUUCUAGUUCUGGUUUAUUGACUCCCCAUUCCAUCGGCGAUGCUAACACGAAGAUUGCAAGGUCAAUCACAGGUGGUGAUGCAAGGACCAACUUGGAAACUGUUCAAGAACUGGAUGUAGGUUCAAGUGUAACUGUCGAGAAAGAAAAUUGAUGGUGGUUCCCAGACUAUUUACUUGAAGAGCUAUUUUGUUUCUACAUUGUGUUGUGUGUUUUUGGUAGAAGGUUUGAUGGAUGUUCAUAUCAUGUAACAACAGGAUCUGCAUUUUGUCUUUUACUUAUAAUUAGUGUGAAAUAUAGAGAGCUUGGGUUGUCAAAUGGUGAAAAACUUUUGUAAAUUUAUUACUUUUGUAAUUCAAAGGAGAAGUUAUUUCUGCAAAUUUUGAGCUA